CUGAGCGCGCGUGCGCGUGCACGUUCAGGAGUAGACUUCUGGGGUCUGCAAUUUCACCGCUACUCUGCUGCCCCCGCUAGAGGAGCCAACGCCGUAGCGAGGAGCCGCCGCCGGAAGUAGCAGCAUGUUGAUCCCAUUCUCUAUGAAGAAUUGCCUCCAAUUAAUUUAUACCCUCAAGGUCCCAAGAGCUGGCUUCAAAAACAGAGCAAAAGGUGGGCUCAUUUUACAAUCCACCUCUAACAAUAUUUACCAAAAUCUGGCUGUGGAAGACUGGAUCCAUGACCAUAUGAACUUAGAAGGCAAGCCGGUUCUUUUCCUUUGGAGAAAUUCCCCUACUGUUGUAAUUGGCAGGCAUCAGAAUCCCUGGCAGGAAUGUAACCUAAAUCUAAUGCAAGAAAAGGGCAUAAGAUUGGCUCGGAGAAGGAGUGGAGGAGGAACAGUGUACCACGAUAUGGGUAAUAUCAACUUGACUUUCUUCACAACUAAGACGAAGUAUAAUAGGAUGGAAAAUCUGAAACUGGUUAUUAGAGCGCUGAAUGCUGUCCAACCACAGCUGGAUGUGCAAGCUACUGACAGACUUGACCUCCUACUAGAAGGACAAUUUAAAAUCUCAGGAACAGCGUCUAAGAUUGGACGGACUGCUGCUUAUCACCACUGCACGUUAUUGUGUAGUACAGAUUGGAUUUCUUUAUCUUCUGUGCUGAAGAGUCCUUACCAGGGGAUUAAGAGUAAUGCUACUCCCAGCGUACCUUCUUUGGUGAAAAAUCUUUUGGAAAAUGAUGAUACUUUAACUUGUGAGGUAUUGAUGGAAUCUAUUGCAGCAGAGUAUGCUGCUUAUCAUCAAAUUGAUAGCAACAUUAUCCUAAUAAAUCCAAGAGAUGAGACAAUGUUCCCAGGGAUAAAGAGAAAAGCAGAAGAACUACAAACUUGGGAAUGGAUAUAUGGCAAAACACCCAAAUUUAGUGUAAAUGCUUCUCUUAAUUUAAGUGAACAAUCACAUUCUGAAAUUAAAAUAUAUGUAGAUGUAAAAAAUGGAAGAAUUGAAGACUGCAAAAUUGAUUCACCUAAUCACUGGUUACCCCCCAAAAUGCUUGACAAACUAAGCACAAGCUUUAUUGGCAACAAAUUUUGCCAGAGUGAAGCCACAGUUUUAAUAAAUGCAUUACUUAGAACAUGUCCAAAAGACCACGAAGUAUAUAGCAAAUGGUAUCUUCUUUGUGAAAAAGUUAAGACAAUAAUGUAAUUCAGGGUGAUCAUUAUUCUUUGUAAUGAUGACAACUUUAGAACAGUAAA